CUUGACUUCUCAGCUGAGCGUCUUCCUGGUUUUGUCAACUUGACGUCCUUUUUUUUUUCCUUCUAUUACAAAAGAGUCCAUCUGAACCGGAACACUAAAAACUUGAAAUGUUUCCUCAACUCUGAACAACAACAAAAAUGAACUGCCGAGUUUAGCGUUUGGGUGACGUCCCGACAAAGUGAACAUGUUGAUGCCGUUUCUUUUCUUGGUUUUCACGCAAAAUCAAGUCUACACGCACUCACAAGACCCGCAACUCUCAUCUCUGAGUGCAAUGUUGGACGACUUUGACGUGCUGCCGUCGUCCAGCGUCCACACGCACUCCAUUCGCCGCCGAGACCUGCUGGCCACUCACGUGGAGAAAGAGAUCAGCUUCCACGCAUUGCAAAGGGACUUCCGUCUGUACCUGAGGAACAACGAGCACAUCUUCACCGAAGACUUUUCGGCGUGGGUGGUGGACGACGACGGCGAGCGAAGCCUGAGCGUGGACCGCCACGCCUUCUUCACCGGACACGUCAUCGGAGAAGAAAACUCACGCGUUCAAGCUCACAUGGAUGAUCGCGACUUCUCGGCCCGCAUCCUCACCCAGGAGGCGGAGUUUAACAUUGAGCCUCUUUGGAGGUUCACGUGGCCCUCCGACGGCCGUCUGCUGGUCUACCGCACGGACCGCAUCCGAAACGUCAGCCGAGCGCAGCCCCCGUCCGUCUGCGGCUACGUCAACUCCCACCCCAGCCACCUCCUCCCCGACGGCGUUCGCCGUGCCGCCGAAGAAGCUUCAGAGUCCGCCUGGCGUGCACGCCGUGACGUGCACCCUCACAGUAAGAACACGUGUCCGUUGCUGCUGGUGGCCGACCAUCGCUUCUUUACGCACAUGGGACGCCGCGACGAGAGCACCACCCUCAACUACUUGAUUGAGCUGAUGGACCGCGUGGACGACAUCUACAGGAACACGUCAUGGGACGAGGACUUCUCGGGCUACGGCGUCCAAAUCCAGCAGAUCAUCAUCGAGAAGACUCCGACCCCCGUGGCGCCGGGAGCCAUUCACUUCAACAUGGCCGGAAGUCCCGUGGCCGGUCGAGACGUGUGGGAUGUCAAAAAGCUCCUGGAGCAAUUCAGCGUGGACGUAUCGGAGAAGGCGGCCAACGUGUGCCUGGCGCACUUGUUCACUUAUCAGGAUUUUGACGAGGGCACACUGGGCCUGGCGUACGUGGCGCCCAUCAAGGCCGACAUCCCCGGCGGACUCUGCUCCAAAGGCUGCCCGUCGACCAGCGCCGACGCGGACCCGCACCGCCUCAUCUAUCUCAACACCGGACUCACCAGUACCAAAAACUACGGCAAGACUAUCCUCACCAAGGAAGCCGACUUGGUGACCACUCACGAGCUGGGUCACAACUUUGGGGCGGAGCACGACAACGACCCCGACUGCGCCCCCCAAGAAGACCAGGGAGGGAAGUACGUCAUGUACCCCAUCGCCGUCAGCGGAGAUCAACUCAAUAACAAGGUGUUCUCCAAGUGCUCCAAACGUUCCAUCGUGAAGCGUCUCCGCUCCAAAGCGUCGUCAUGUUUCAAGGAGCGUACAGUCAACGUUUGCGGGAAUUCUCGGGUAGAACCCGGAGAGGAGUGCGAUCCCGGACUUCUGCACUUAACCUCUGACCCCUGCUGCACUGCCGACUGCCGCCUUACACCGGGGUCGCGAUGCAGUGACAGGAACAGCCCGUGCUGCAGGAAGUGCCAGCUGGAGGCCGCGGGUGAGGUUUGCCAGGAGCCCAUCGAAGCCACGUGCAAGGGACGCUCGUACUGCACAGGCUCCAGUCCAGAUUGUCCACCUCCAGAGAACGCUGCGGACCAAACGCCAUGUUUGGACAGCGGCGAGUGUCAGGACGGCUCAUGUGUCCCCUUUUGUCAGGCUGUCCUCAAGCUGGACCCCUGCGCCUGCAACGAAACCACCACCACCUGCAAGGUUUGCUGUCGAGGCAGCGGCGGCAUAUGCGCUCCCUACCGAGAUACGGCCGGUCAGUUCUUGUUCCUGCGGAAGGGCAAACCCUGCACAGUGGGCUUCUGCGACGGCGCGGGGAAGUGCAUGAAGCAGGUGCAGGACGUGGUGGAGAGACUGUGGGACUUCAUUGACAAACUGGACAUCAACACCUUUACCACCUUCCUGGCCGACAACAUGGUCGGUUCCGUGGUGGCCUUCUCGCUGCUCUUCUGGAUCCCCUUCAGCGUGCUGGUCCACUGUGUGGACAAGAAGGUGGACCGCCAGUACGAGCAGACCACCAAGUCUCUCUUCUUCCCCAGUAACGCAGAACUCCUGAGCAGCCUGGAGUCGGCUUCCGUGCGGAUCCUCAAGCCUCCGAACGCGCGCUUCCAGGCUUCCAGCCCCGCACCCCCGGACAGCCCCAAGAUGGCCACCAUCGCCGAGGACGCCGGCGUGGACGAGGCGGCGCUGCAGGAGGCCUUCGGGCGGCCGCAGGGGACAGUGGCGCGUUCCUUCGAGGACCUGACGCAGCAAAGGUUGACGAGCGACGUGGCGCCGCCCGCCAAACUGCGGCAUCAGCGCCGCGCCGAUGCCAAAGAGACGCUAUGUUGACUCGAGAGACGACAUUGUGGCUCAGGAUCUUUGACUCCAGAUGUUGACUCCUCAUUCACAUCACAAUCUUAUCUGUGGAAACAAGAAGGUCACCAAACAACCCGUCAGUUGUCAAAUAUGAAAUCAAAUGAGCCACCGUGUGGAUGUACCUGCCUUGAAACUUGGACGAUGGUCCUUGUUGGACCGCCAUUAAAACCGAACAAAACCAAA